CCCCCCGCCGCCGUGGCACAUCGAGCCAGCCGCUCGCUUCCCGUCCCGACCUCCCAAUUUCGCCGUCUCCCCGCUCAUCCCUCGCCGCUCGCCGGACGCCCAGAGCCGACAGCCUCUCCGUCUCGCCCGAUCGGCGUUUGGGACUCGUCAGCAGCCGCGCCACCGCAACUGUGCGGGCCGUGCCCCUGCCUCUGGCAGCUAGGCGCCCCUGCAAGCCGGCGCACGCCGCCCACUCCGCGCACCGGCGCUCGGCCGGCAGGCAGCAGCAAGCCAGCAACCAUCCUUGUUGAUUUGAGACCCAGCAUAGCAGCAAGGAAGCGGACGGGAGGAUGAUGGGAAGCAACAACCCCGGUGGCGCAGGCGGAGGGAUGGCUCCGGGCAUGGGGGUGGGCAGCAGCGACGGGCGGCACGAUGACGAGGCCGUACUCACCGAGUUCCUCUCCUCCCUCAUGGACUACAACCCCACGAUUCCGGACGAGCUCGUGGAGCACUACCUCGGUCGCAGCGGCUUCCACUGCCCCGACCUACGCCUUACAAGGUUGGUUGCUGUAGCUACUCAAAAGUUCAUUUCAGACAUCGCAAGUGACUCCCUUCAGCAUUGCAAAGCCAGGGUUGCAGCACCUAUCAAAGACAACAAGAGCAAACAACCGAAGGAUAGACGUCUUGUAUUGACGAUGGAUGAUCUUUCAAAAGCCCUGCGUGAGAAUAACACUCGGCCAGUUACAUUCUUAGGAGUUGAAUCCCUGCACUGAUAAAUCUGUUGAAAAUUACUAUGGAUGAAUGGAUUUAGUUGAUCCUUGUAGACCAAGUGGAUUGCUUUGCUUGAUGCAGAUUUUUUCUAAGAGGCAAAAAUCAAAUUCAUAUGGAUUCAGUUUUACGUGUUCCAAGCUUCUCACAGCUCACCGAAGUUCAUACUAACAAACUGACCAAUCGGUGGCAGCUAGGAACAUCUUACCAGCAUACCAGUACAACGGCACCUUACAUGAAAUCAGCAUUUAAGCUCCUGACACUUACGUGUCUAAUUGACAAACGAUUUCCUACAGUUUUGCCUUCUAACCAUGUUUUGGAGUCCAUACUGGUGGCAGCUCCUUAACAUUGAGUUAUAGGGCCUGUACCUGUAGAAGAACGAACUACACAGACAUCUACUAUUAUGGAUAUUGCACAUGGUCCAAAGCAGCCAAAGCAUACAAGGGUAUGAACAGAUAACAAUAAAUA